GCUGGACACCUCUACUCAUGAUGUUCCUCUGUAUGGUACUACUGUCUGUGCUGGGAGGAAUGAAGGAAAAACAUAACCGCAGGGGGGAAUUGUUACUUCAGGAGUGCUGGGGACAGCCAACAGUCCAAGAAUGUGCCAAGCAGUGUUCUAGAACCUUUAGAUGUGUAGAAAUAAAUCACACAUGUUGCUGGACGUACUGUGGAAACAUCUGCUGGGAAAACACAGACCCGCCCUGGGCCUGCAGCAGCAGAGCACAGAGAAGCAGGAUGGGCAGCAGAGCCUGGGUCUGCAUGACUCUGCCCCGAGUGGGGAGCUCUCAAUCUGGCCCGGACUCCCCUGGAGAGCUGAGUGUGGAGAGUGAAGGAAAGAAAGAGGAGGCCACACCUCCCCCCCACCAGCCCCCUACCUCCCCCAGUAGGAAGAGGCCAGAUAAAAAGCUGUCAGCCUGUUACUACAGACACUCAACUCAGACACUUUCAGAGGCAGGUGUCAGGAAUCCAGAGGCCCAUCCCAAUCCGUGCGCAUCUUCACCCAGUUACCUCAUACCUCAUACCCCUGCCAGUAAGUGGAUAACAGAGCAUCUGCCUUACACAUCUGUCUUGCUAUGUGCUGGUGCCUUCAGAGGAUCAGAGAACGCUCUGAGCCAGGCUCAAGGACUGGGAAUUCUACUACUGCUAGCUGGCUUUCCGGUGCAAAAAAUCAGCAUCGGGAAAAGACCUGUCUUCUGCCAAAACUUCACCCAAACACCCGCAGAAACUACCAUGAAGCUCUGGGCUCUCCUACUCAUCGCGCUCACCUAUGAGGUUGUGACGCUUCUGCCCGUGCUGGGAGGCCUCAAGAACAAACCUUUCUGUGCACUAAAGCAAAAGGAUGUUCCUUUCCAAAUCAUACAUGCUGCUGGACCUACUGUGGCGACAUCUGCUUGGACAAUGAGUGAGUUGUUCGGGGGUGGGGAAGGUUGGGUCUGGGGAUGCUUCCUCACUGCUCCUCACCCUUGUUCAGAAGCUAUGGCCUGGAACAGAAGACAUAGUCACCUAAAUCCUGGUCACAGAAAUAAGCAGCAUAAGGCAACACCCUUCUGCCUCCACACCUAAGCUGCCACUCACUGUAAAUUAAACCAAGACACCAGCAUGGGAGCCUCCACAUUUCUUUUCACUCUCAUUCAAUUCCUCCCAAACAUCACCCAUCAGUUUGUUCAUCCCUCCCUUGUCCAAGGUCCCAAUUAUUGCCUCCUUAGUCUGGCCUCUCCAUUGGCCCCUUAUCUCAGCCAAGCCCAAGAAGACCCGGUCUCUACCUGUCUGCUCAAUUGGCAAAUCUCUUGAGAGAAAUUGAUUAAAAGUGGGUAACUCCUGGGAAUUCCCUGGUGGUCUAGUGGUUAGGACUCCGUGCUCUCACUGCUGAGGGCCUGGGUUCAGUCCCUGGUCGGGGAACAAAAAUUCCACAAGCUGCAUUGUGUGGCAAAAAAAAAAAAAAAAAAAGGGGGGUAACUCCUGAUCUUACAGGAAGAAUUCCUGUUCCCAUUAACUGUGGCUAAGGGUGCUAUUAAGUUUGGGAGUCGAUGUCCCCCAGGGUUCCCUGACUUUUAACCACUUAACUUUUCUCUUCCAGAGAACCCUUUAAAUUCAUGCUAAAACCCUAGAUUCUAGCUGACCCCCGACUAGUGUGGGCUGGAGGUUGACUGUGUGGUCAAGAAGAGGGCUGCCUUGUUCUCUGUUGGGAUACCCACUCUCUCCAGCUGAGGACCUCUUUGCUCUCUCCUUGACCUCUCUAUCCUGAGAAGGCUCAAGUCUUUGCCAAAUAAACGGAUCCACCAACCUGAGGGCUCUGUAUUUUUUGGUACUUCAUCCCUGUAACUUCAUUUCUUUCAUUAUAAUCCCCAACAGCCUCCAAAGUUUUUCCCGUCCCAUCACGGGCACAGGCACCCAACUCUGCCUUCCAGUUAGAAAAAUGUAUUAGUCAGGUAUGCUCAUGGCUGUAGCAAAAAUACAGAGAUUUAUAAAAAUCUCAUGAGGUUAACACGGUAAACGUUUAUCCUUAUUCACAAGACAUUUCCCUGAGGGUGAUCAGUGAACAGCCACCCAUGUCAUGAUCCAAGGACCCUGGCUCCUCCCAUCUAUAGCUCCACUGUCUCCUAGGACCUCUUCUGCAUCCAGCCAGCAGCUGGGUGCAGAAGGUAGUACAGGGGCUCAUACAGAAGGGCCAGGCAUAGAAGUGGGGUUUACUGUUUCUCUCCACAUUCUAUUUGCCAUAAUGUAGUCAUAUGGUCCCACCUAUUUGCAAAGAAGGCUAAGAAAUAUAGUCUAGUUGUAUGUCCAAUAAGAACAGGAAAGGGGAUUUGGUGAACACAUGGCAGUCUCUGACCUGCCUAUUUAUGCAAAGCCAGACUCCUUAAGUAAGACCCUGGCCUCCACAUCACUCUGUCCCAUGGAACAAGCACCCCCUGGUAAGAAGCUGGCAUCUACUGUCAUUACGGAAAGAGUUCCUGACCUCAAGGCGGGUACUCAGAGCUUCCAGAACGAUUCGUCUUCUGCCAUCCCUAGUAGCCUCUUAUUUCUGCCGGGUCAGAUUUGUCUGCCUGUCAGUUUUACCCGGGUAAUUUUCCUCAUAUCCUGAGAUGUCAGGUAAUACAAGGCAGGUUUUCCUGCCCAUAUUGUUUCCCCCAAUUAUAUCUGAAUUUCUACCAUUUGUCAUCAGUAUCUUGAAGAUCAUUUAAAAAAUACAACUUCUUCUGGAUGAGGGGUACCUACUAUAUAUCCAGGCUUGUGCCUCUUCCUGGUCCAGAGGACAAGAUAUUCUCACUUAGAUGGAUGAGUCAGUCUCAGUUGAUAGCUGAGGCAUGCCUAUCAAUUUACAGCCUGAAGAAAGGCUCAGGAAUGUGAUAUAGCAAAGCCCAAGACCAGGCAAGAGACUAAGUCCUACUAGAACACUGGUUAGUGCCUUAGAGCUCAGAAUAAUGAAAAGGGACAAUGGCUCAGGGGCUCAGGUAAACAUCCUUCAGGAGUGGGGCUCCAGGCUCCCCACUAUGGAGCAUCACUGGGGAUUUCCCUUCACCAUUAUAAUAGUAUUUCACUUUCUCCUGGAUUAAAGAUCCUGUUUCCAAACCCCACCUCUCUCUCUUUCUUAACAACCUCAUUUUGGUAAUAUACACCCUAUAGGGGGGCUUCCUGAGAAACGGUACUUGAGAACUAACUAAAUAAAGUAAAUUUAAAAAAUCUGACAUUUCAUGCCUUCAUUCUACCCUUAUCUUAAUUAUUAUUUAUUUAUUAUUUAUUUUUGGCUGUGUUGGGUCUUCGUUUCUGUGCGAGGGCUUUCUCUAGUGGCGGCGAGCCGGGGCCACUCUUCAUCGCGGUGCGCGGGCCUCUCACUAUCGCGGCCUCUCUUGUUGCGGAGCACAGGCUCCAGACGCGCAGGCUCAGUAGUUGUGGCUCACGGGCCCAGUUGCUCUGCGGCAUGUGGGAUCUUCCCGGACCAGGGCUCGAACCCGUGUCCCCUGCAUUGGCAGGCAGAUUCUCAACCACUGCGCCACCAGGGAAGCCCCUACCCUUAGCUUAAUGUAUAGUUCGGCUGGUAUAUCAGUUUGGAUUAGUUUCAACUACGUGUAACAGCGACAACAAAGAAAACGGUGGCUUAAAUUAGAGAGGUUAAUUGCUUUUCAUGCACAGGUUCAGGAUUUAGGUAUCCAGAACAAGUUUGAUAGCACCACAAAGCCAUAGACUAUCCAGGCUCUUUCUCGUCCACUGCCCUUGACGUGAGCCUUCCAUUUUCAAGGUCACCUCAUGACCCACAAGGACUGAGCAAGAUAUCAGAUAUUCCCCUCAACUAAAUAUAAAAUUCAGGCAGAUUAAAAAGUUAAAUCAGAUUAAGAAAACUCAAAGCAUAGGAAAACUAGAGGAAAAUGGAAUAGACUAUGCCUUAAAAUUUGAGAAAGACUCCAAGGCCUUAAUGAUAAAAAUGGCAUUUGGUGUCACACUUUUGAAAUAUUAAUCAUUAUUUCAGUUGUUUCAAUCAUUAUUUCUGCAAUUCCCUUUUUUCCAUCAAGCCCUCUCACCAUGAAACUAGAACGUGGUU